AUGUGGACGGUAGCCGCCCGCACAUUUCUGAAAAACAAAAACGAUAAUCAUGACUGUGGAUCUGUUUGCCUGCAGAUGGGGAAAGAACGUGUUAGGCGGCGACAUCGCUUCAACCCGAUGGCGGUAGGCAAUAAAACGUCGAAUGAAGGGAGCACUUCGGUCCUUGGUAGUGUAAUUAUAAGCCGUACGACGGCACCGAGCUGUGACUCAAUUGAAAAUCUCGUGUCAGGUUUGAAAUCAACAGUCGUGGUUAAACGAGCGUCAGCAGCAGCUGUCCUAGUGGGAUUAGCUGAUGACAUGACUUCUCGUCAUGAAACACUUCGUCCAGAAGUGAUACGCGCAGCUGCGCCACUCCUUCUUGAUGAUGCGGUUCAGGUUCGCUGCUGCAUUGCCAGUUGGCUCAGAGAGGUGAGCCAGGCCGGUCCUGACGUGUGUGGAGCCUUAGUCCAAGCAAGCGUGCUGGAUCAUCUAGCGUUGGUAUUGCAGGAGUUAACAAGAAGUGGGUCAUUUUGUAGUCUUGAACCUCGCCAGAGCGCUAUUUUGUUAGAUCUUUUGAAUGUAUUAACCAACUUAUGUGAAAACUGUGAGCAGGCAGUAGAAAUUGUUACUUGUGAUAGAUUUAUUAGCGCCCUAUUUUUGCUCCUAAGAGGGGGAGUUGAUAGGGUUUCGGUCGCAGCUGGUCAGUGCCUGCUAACGGUUACUGAGGACAAUCCUGCGCUCGAGUCAAUGGCAGCUUCAGAAAUGGGCACCCUUGAAUCCAUACUGCGUAAUCCUUCGAGAACUCCAGCGUACUUAUUACUUAAAGCUACAGUUGCUGGAAUUAUGCAUAACCUCGCUGCUCCAACAGCCUUCCUUCCUUUGUUAGUGGAUUCUGCUAAGGCAGCUCUUGAGCAUGAAAUUGCAACUCAGAUUUCGUCAGUCAUGUUAUCAGUUAGCCGAUUACUAGAGGUGAGGAAAGGUCGUGAUCUAGAUAUCGAAAAUAUUCAAGACAUGGAACAGGAAGUCGAUUCGAGUCUGAUUGAGGUUUGUGAAACUCUGCAAGCCAAGAAGACGGCACUUGAACUACUAGUAAAUUUGUGCUGUACGAAUGAUGAAGAAGACAAGUGGGAUAACAUUGAUGAAGAUGAUGAAGAUGCAAUGAGUAUACAUUCUUCUAGCACAACUGGGUUCAGAGAGUCGAUAUCCCCCGAAAUACAGACGGCCAUAAGCUCGACCCAACUCUUAUCAGCUGUCUUUAACCACAUAGGCCCACUUGACACAGCUAUCCUCGUCGUGUUUAGGGAAUAUAAGCCUGCGCGACAGAUCGAAAGAGACGUUCACGCUGUGCGUUGUCGAGCCUUGCUCUGUAUUGAUAACCUGGCACAAUCUUUCGACAUGUCACAAAUCAGGGAUAUUGAAAAUAUUCAAGAGAUAAGCAAAAAAAUACUAGCAAUUGCCUUCUCAAAUCAUUCAAAAAACCAGAUCAAGGACGUAGAGCUUCUGGAAGCAGCAAGUUCAGCAUGCCGAGCAAUAUUUGAAGCAUUAGUCCGUACAGGUAACCACAACUUAGCUCCAGCGCUUACAGAAGAAGAAUUAACGGUGUUAUGUAGGAUUGUAUUAACUAAUGACGCAUCAGCGGCAGGACGUGUUAACAUAACACGGAUCGUUGGUACGCUAUCGCGUCUACAGCCUUUCCUUAUUAAUGGGGUAGGACGGUUCCUGAUUAAGGUUGCCAGUCAGGAUGCAGAGCUUCGUGUAUGCUCGGAGGCUCUUGACGCGCUGAUCGAUGCCUUUGCUGACGAUGCGACAGAUGCAGCAGCUCGAGAAAUCGAUCUCGUCAAUGAAAUGCGUUCACUUGCCCCUCGUUUCAAACAGAUGUUGCGCGCCUCUCCCAAGGAUGAAAAUAAGUCCAUUGCCUUUACUUGCUACAAUAAUGUAUUACGUUUCAUCAAAUAUAAAAGCAAAAGACUUAACAAAUCAUAG